AUGGCGACAAUUGCCGUCCCGAGACCCGCUCUGUCUCCAAAGAGCUCUCUCUCCACUCCAAACGCUCGGGUUGGCGUCAUCCCCACAAUUCGCUGCGUCCGUCUCGCUCAGCAACCCUGUCUCGCUCUGCGACAAGCCUCCCUCCUCUGCUCUCCCGAUCGCUAUGUGCGAGUCGACAGCGAGGAUGCUUCUCUAUACGAGAUAGAUGCUGCGAGCGUGGCAGAGGCACUGGAUUAUGCAUCCAAGCAGCAGCUCCCUCCCCCUUCACAGGUCUUUCCUUGGCUUCAUGGCUUGCAUCCCGAAAACCAAACCCAAAGGUCCUACUUUGAUGGACAUCAGUGCCUGACUGGGGGCACGCCCAGCUGUCUUCGAACAAUUACUCUUGUCAAGGCAGAUGGCAAUCUCAGCCUCGCACGAUUGAAAGGCGCCAUUGCUCCGGGCGAGUUCAUGCGGCCUGGAGCGACGCCUGAGUUCAUCGAUGCAGACCCCUUGAGUGGGUUGUCUGUCCGUAACUUCCACAUCCAGCCUGCCAAGGUUGCCGCAACCUCCGAUAUCAUCGUAUAUGGCCUGGAUCCUGAUGAGACUCGAGGAGUUGCGUGGAAAAUUGCCGUUGCUCAGAGACGAUGGCGGGAAAAGCAGCAUGCAGAGGCCAAGAACCUGCCCACGUAUAACACUUUUGUCUGCACAAGCCCAUUCUCUGCUUUUGAAACAACCCAUAGGAAUUUGGUAUCCAUCGAUGCGUCUGGCAAAUCGACAGGUCAAGUGUUGGACUUGAUACAGCAAGAGCGUCAAGAGAUGCGAAACAUGACGGAAGCCUCUGAAAUAUGCCACAACGUCUACCUGGGCCCUAGCCUCGAGCCUGGUGGCGUUGAGGAGCAUCACUUUGAUGUUCUCAUCGAAUGCAGCGAUACGGGUCGGCUGGACCCAAGCGCCCUGCAAUUUAUUGCUGAGCACCCUCACUCGUCUGUGUCCCUGCCAUCUUCCGUUUGCUUUCCAUCUUCCGGGAGUAUAAUGCCCCCAACCUGGUCUCAGAGAGAGGCCGACGGAAUCAUCGAAACCUGUAAAUGGAUAUAUCACAUUGCCCAUAACAUUGUGCCCGAAUCCAGCGAUGCACAACAAAAUGCCACGUCCCAGGAGGAGUCUGCUGCUGCAGGCGCUCGGAAAGUACUUAUUCACUGUCCCGACGGAUAUACAGAAUCCACAUUGCUUGCCAUCGCCUAUUUCAGCUAUAGCACUGGUUCCUCCAUACCUGAUGCUUGGCUGGAACUUCACACGACCAAACGUCGCAAUUUCUUUGCUUAUCCCUCGGAUGUAUCUCUCCUAUCGGCCAUAGGGCCUCGCUUGUUGUGUGAAUCUCCGGUGUCUUCAGGGAAAAGUCUAGAAGACAUUGCGAGUUACAUCAAAGCUGAACCGCAGUGGUUUUCAGAACUGGAUGGCUCGCUCCCUAGCAGAGUCCUGGAUUAUCUGUACCUGGGUAAUCUUAUUCAUGCCAACAAUCCAGAUCUCUUGAAGUGCCUCAAUAUUCGCCAAAUACUUAGCAUUGGAGAAUCGGCUUCGUGGACAGAUGAAGAUCGAGCAAACUGGGGCUCGGAAAAUAUGUGCUUCGUUGAAGGGAUUCAAGACAAUGGUAUCGAUCCAUUGACUAAGGAGUUUGGGCGAUGCCUUGAAUUUAUUGCUCAAGGAAUACAGAAAGGCACGGCGACAUUAGUCCAUUGCCGUGUCGGAGUUUCCAGGAGUGCCACCAUCUGCAUAGCGGAAGUCAUGCGGUCUCUCAAUCUCUCCUUUCCGCGCGCUUAUUGUUUUGUCAGGGCUCGCCGUCUCAACGUCAUCAUUCAGCCUCAUUUACUCUUUGCAUACGAGCUUUUACGCUGGGAGGAAUUUCUUCGACAGGAAGGUGGCUCCAAAGAACCGUACAAGAGGGAAAUGGAGUGGGGAGAGAUUGCCAGAGAAAUCGCUCUUAUGAACCGUCCUUAUUCCAGAUAA